UUAUCGAACAGUAUAUCUUCAAAAUGGCCACCCAAACCACAACGCUAACAGCAACCGACAGCCCCUCGCUGUUCCAGACAGCCCCCUUCAUCCCGGCCGAUGCCAUCUUCGCCCUAACGGCGCAGUACAACGCCGACAGUUUCCCCAAGAAGGUGAAUCUCGGCCAGGGUGCUUAUCGCGACGAGAACGCCCAGCCGUGGAUCCUCCCCUCCGUGCAGAAGGCUCGCGAGCUUCUCGCCAAAGAAAAUCUGAACCACGAAUACCUGCCGAUUCUGGGCCAUGCCGGGUUCCGGAAAGCCGCGCCACGGACAGCACUGGGUGUAGAUCUGUUUGGCCGAGUGGAGAGUAGAAUCGCCGCUUGUCAGAGUAUCUCAGGCACCGGAGCCCUCCAUCUGGCUGCUCUCCUGCUCAAAUACUGUCGCCAGCCCCUACCCAACGUCUACAUCCCUCAACCGACAUGGUCGAACCAUCACCAGGUCUUCGCGUCACUUGGAUUCAACUGCCACUCGUUCCAGUACUACGACGACGCCAAAAAGAGACUCGACAUCGACUCGUACCUCUCGGCCCUCAACGCCGCCGAACCCCACUCCGUGGUCAUCAUCCACGCCUGCGCCCAUAACCCGACGGGCUGCGAUCCCAGCCCCGAGCAGUGGAAGCAGAUCGGACGCAUCGUCAAGGAGAAACAGCUCUUCCCGCUCUUCGACGCCGCGUAUCUGGGCUUCAACUCGGGAAACCUGGACAACGAUGCCUUCGCUAUCAGGCACUUUGUCGAUGAGCUGCAGCUCGAAGUCGGCGUGUGCAUGUCCUUUGCGAAGAAUAUGGGUCUUUACGGAGAGCGAGUCGGCUGCGUCUUCGUCGUAACGCAGAACGACCAAACCGCCACGAACACGCAGUCCGUGCUUGAGAUGCUCCAGCGCUCGGAGGUCUCCAAUCCCCCGGCCUACGGGGCCAAGAUCGCAUCCACGAUUCUGAACGACGAGGGCCUUCGAAAGAUGUGGUAUGAGGAUUUGAUCACGAUGAGUUCGCGGAUCCGGGCCAUGCGAACGGCCUUGUAUGACCAUUUGAACCAAUCCGGAGCACCUGGCACCUGGGAUCAUUUGGUCCAGCAAUCGGGAAUGUUUGGGUUCUUGGGUCUGGAGCCCGAGAUUGUCAGAAGGCUGAGAGAGGAUUAUCAUAUUUACAUGGCUGGGAACUCGCGCAUCUCCAUUGCGGGGUUGAACCCGGGGAAUGUGCAGUAUGUGGCAGAGUCGAUUGCGGAGUGUCUGAAGACUGCGUCGUAGUUUUUGAAAUGAAGCUGCAGCAUAGAGAUGAAAUGC